UCGGACAUUUCAAACAGCCACACAACACAUACACAACAUGUCUUCAACGCUUCCCACAACAAGUUUAACGUCUACUGCACCCACUGCACUUGCGCCAGCUAAGCUGGGCAAUUUCCGCGACGGUGAGAACCGGGAUUCAGACGCCAGCGAUAGCGAUCAAUCAGACGCGAGUGGGCGGAGCCUUUCACCAACGCGGCAAGGUCUCAGCAAGACCAAAAAGAGGAAGGAGCGCAGGCAAUUUGGUGCAUUCGCAGACGAACUCGGAGAUCUUCUAGGCACUGCGUUCCACAACAAAGAUGAGCCGAAGCCUCCUGGGUUAGCUGCGAGCACACGUGCAGCAAACACUCAAACAGACGGCGAUCUGGAGAUGCAAGUCGACCCUACCUCGACGGGACCUAAGAUGUCGAAACGCCAGCGUCAAAAUCUGGCUAAGAUGCAAGCACGCAAGCUUGCCAAGGAGCAGUCUAAGAUAGUCACAACCGAGCAAAAAACUGUUGCCGCGGAACGGAGAGGCAUGACAAUUCAAGAGUACCGUGGACAGAGGCUGGAAGGGAAGAAGAGUGGGAAGAACGAGAGCCAGAGAAGAAGAUCGAGAAAGGAGAGGGAGAGGCUGAAGAAGAAAGCUGAACAGGCGGACGCGAUGGAAAUUGAGUGA